CUUUUAUUUUUCUCUCAGUCUAGAAGGUCGUUCCGGAGGAGUAAUUUGUAGUCCUCCUGCUGCGGCCCAGCUAAGGCGGAAUGCAUCAGUCUUCAUUUUAUGGUUUAUUUCUAAAAGCCCAUUUUCCCUAUGGAGAACGAGGCUGGGAGAGGAUGAAUGACCGACCUGUCAUUAAAGGUCGCAGUUCAAAAUCGUUCGUUCCUCUCAUCCCAGAAAGAUUAGCGGCCUUCUGGAGAUUCUCACAGUGAUCUCCGUUAUAGCUCACAUCAUUUUGUUUUGUUUUAACUCAGUGGUCGGGAUCCAUCAGAUUGCGAACUGCUUGAGUGCAAUUAAUAAUGAGGUCUGAUUCCCAUCUGUGCCCUGCCGGGCCACUGUGCAGCACAGGAUCUGGCACAUAAUAGGUGCUAACUUUUUCCCCCCUUUUAAGAGGCGAACCUGCAGCAUACGGAACUUCCCGGGCUAGGGGCAGAAUCAGGGCUACAGCAGCAGGCCUUCACCACAGCCACAGCAACACAGGAUCUGAGCUGCAUCUGUGACCUAGGACACAGCUUGCCGCAAGGCUGGAUGCUUAACCCACUGACCGAGGCCAGGGAUAGAACCUACAUCCUCAAAGACACCAUGUCGGGAUCCUAACUCACUUAGCCACAACAGGAAGCCCUAAUUUUUUUAAAGUUGAAUGAACACAACAGUUAUCACUUCCCCCUCCCAACUUUUUCUACUGCAUCAUGGGGUUGUGACACAGUCACCCAGGGGCCCCCACUUCUCUCCUCCCUUCAGUAAACCAGGCUCAGCCUUUCUGACAUUGCGUCACUUCCCAGAAGGAGAGAGGGCACAGCUGAGCCCUGGCUCCUGUUCCUGCUCCAGCUGAGAUCUGCCCACCAUGGCCUUGGUGCUGCUCCUUCAACUGCUGACUGUCUGGCCGGCGUGUCGCGCGGACAUCACUCCAACUGUCCCACCAGCCUCAUACCCCAAGCCGUGGCUGGAGGCUCAGCCGGCAGCAAUUGUGACCCCCGGAAUCAACAUCACCUUGAGGUGCUGGGCCCCCCAGCCUGCCUGGAGGUUUGCACUCUUCAAAUAUGGAGACGCGGCUCCUGUGAUUUACCGGGACGUGGCUUCGGAGCUGGCGGAGUUCUUCCUGGAGGAGGUGACCCCAGCCCAGGGGGGCAGUUACCGCUGCUGCUACCGAAGACUAAGCUGGGGGCCAGGGGUCUGGUCCCACCCCAGUGAUACCCUGGAACUGCUGGUGACAGACGAGCUGCCGCGCCCGUCGCUGGUGGCGCUGCCCGGGCCGGUGGUGGCGCCCUGGGCCAACGUGAGCCUGCGCUGCGCCGGCCGCGUGGGGGGCAUGAGCUUCGCGCUGUACCGCGUCGGCGUGGCGGCCCCGCUGCAGUACCGCCGCUCGGCGCAGCCCUGGGCCGACUUCCCGCUUCCCGGCGCCCGCGCACCCGGCACCUACAGCUGCUACUACCACACGCCCUCCGCCCCCUACGUGCUGUCCCAGCGCAGCGAGCCGCUGGUCAUCAGCGCGGACGGCUCAGGCUCCUCGGACUACACCCAGGGCAACGUCGUCCGCCUGGGGCUGGCCGGUCUGGUUCUCGCCUUCCUGGGCACACUGGUGGUUUUCGACUGGCGCAGCCGGAGUCGCGCCCCUGGCAGCAUGUGGGCCUGAGUUCAGGGGACAGAGAAGACUUCCCGGAGGGGGUGGAGAAGAAGCCCGGAUGCCUUGGGUUGGGCGGACCCUUCCAGGAGCCCCACAGCCCUCCCGGCUGAACCUAGCUUCCCCGGUAAUGACAACCUUGGCACCACGCCCUCCAUUUUCCUAUGGGUCACUUCCCAGGACUCUGAUUGAUGGGUGGAAGGCGCGAUCAGUGGCUAAGCCUUCCUAGCUAAGGGACACCUGAGUUCGAAUCCCAGUGCUGCUGCUCCCUCACUGGGGGAUAUUAGGAAAGCGGCCCUUCCCAGCCUUGGUUGCUCUGGCUGUAAAAUGGGGCCACUGGAAUUGCCCACUUCCUAGGAUCGUUGUAGGAUUAAGUGGACAGUGCACAUGAAGGGUUUCAGUCAGUAACUGGCUCGUAGUUAAUGCGCAAUAAAUGUUAGCUACCAUC